AUCUCAACAUUGGUCCAUGCAAUCGGUGAAGACGGUCUUCCUCUCUCUCUCUCUCUCUGUCUCUCUCUUUCUGACAUCGAUCUUUAAUCUCCUCGCACUUGCCAUUUCCUCAUCUUCUUGCCCUCUGUUCGAUAUCCCUCCUAUAUUUGUCAAGCGUAUCAAAUCACCCACCCGCACAGAUUCCCAUUUUCUUCCUCUGUAAAUUUGCAGAAGAUUUUGAUUAAUCUUCACUCCAACUUCACAAAACUUUCCCUCCGGAAAGAAGAUAAGAAAGCUUCCAUAAUCAGUGACCCCCUCUGUGUUUAUAUAUACCAACCUCCUUUCGCUUCUUCUGCAGAGAUUCGCGCGAACUCUGUCAUUGUCCUAGCCCUGCAAGCUUUGUUCUGUUCAUCUCUUCCGUCGAAUUGUUCUCCGUUUUCAUUGUCCGCUGAUAAUGGCGCCACCGAACGACCCAGCCAAGCCGCUCUCCAGUGUCCUCCGGACCAACGCCCAGCAGAACCACUUCGACCUCUCCGAAGGCAAGCUGUCGGUCGACGGAGUCCCCGUCCUCACCGAAGUCCCCAGCAACGUCUCGCUGACCCACUUCUCCUCCACGCGCCGCUCCUCCGACGCCCCCCUCCCCCUGCUCCUGCGCGUGGACUCCACCGCCAACCGCGGCUGCUUCCUCGGGUUCGCCCAGGACAAGCCCUCCGACCGGCUCGUGAACUCCCUCGGCAAGUUCUCCGGCCGGGAGUUCCUCAGCAUCUUCCGCUUCAAGACGUGGUGGUCGACCAUGUGGGUCGGGUCUUCCGGGUCGGACCUCCAGAUGGAGACCCAGUGGGUCCUCCUCAACGUCCCCGAGGCCUCGUCCUACGUCCUGAUCGUCCCGAUCAUCGAGGGGGCCUUCCGGUCGGCCCUCCACCCGGGGCGGGACGGGCAUUUCACGAUAUGCGCGGAGAGCGGGUCGACGCGGGCGACCGCCUCCUCCUUCGAGGCGAUGGCCUACGUCCACGUGUCCGACAACCCGUAUAACGUGAUGAGGGAGGCCUACAGGGCCAUCAGGGUGCACCUCAAUACCUUCAAGCUGCUGGAGGAAAAGACUGUCCCGACGCUCGUGGACAAGUUCGGGUGGUGCACCUGGGACGCCUUCUACCUCACCGUGGACCCGGCUGGGGUCUGGCACGGGGUCCAGGACUUCGCCGAAGGAGGCGUGCCACCGAGGUUCGUUAUCAUCGACGAUGGCUGGCAAAGCAUCAACUUCGAUGGGCAGGACCCGAAGGCGGACGCCAAGAACUUGGUCCUCGGCGGCACCCAGAUGACCGGCAGGCUCCACAGGCUGGAGGAGUGCGACAAGUUCAGGAACUACCGAGCCGGGUCUAUGCUCGGGCCCAGCACGACCCCCUUCGACACGAAGAAGCCCAGGAUGCUGAUCGACAAGGGUAUCGAGAUCGAGCACGCAGAGAAGGAACGGGACAGGGCGGUCCAGUCCGGGGCCAAAGAUCUGGCCGAGCUCGAGUCGAGGAUCAAGAAGCUCAAGAAAGAGCUCGAUGAAAUGUUCGGAGGGCAGGAAAACGGCGAAGAUUAUAGCGCAGGAGGGUGCGGGAAAUGUGCCUGCAAGAGUGGGAGCUACGGGUUCAAGGCCUUCACUAAGGACUUGAGGGCAAAGUUCCCGGGCCUGGACGACAUAUAUGUGUGGCACGCGCUAUGCGGUGCUUGGGGCGGGGUUCGACCCGGGGCCACCCAUCUGAAGUCGAAGCUUGUCCCCACCAAGCUCUCCCCGGGGCUCGACGGGACCAUGUCCGACCUAGCUGUGGUGAAGAUCAUCGAGGGCGGGAUCGGGCUCGUCGAUCCGAGCCAAGCCGGAGAUCUCUACGACUCCAUGCACUCCUACCUCGCUGACUCCGGCAUCACCGGAGUCAAGGUGGACGUCAUCCAUACUCUUGAGUACGUUAGUGAGGAAUAUGGAGGCAGGGUUGAGCUCGCAAAGGCGUAUUACAAGGGCCUGAGCAAUUCGCUCGCCAAGAACUUCAAGGGAACUGGGCUCAUCGCGAGCAUGCAACAAUGCAAUGACUUCUUCUUCCUCGGGACUCGACAGAUCUCCAUUGGAAGAGUAGGCGACGAUUUCUGGUUCCAGGACCCAAACGGCGACCCGAUGGGGAAGUACUGGCUACAAGGCGUGCACAUGAUCCACUGCGCCUACAACAGCAUGUGGAUGGGGCAGAUCAUCCAGCCCGACUGGGACAUGUUCCAGUCGGACCACGAGUGCGCCAAGUUCCACGCGGGGUCGCGGGCCAUCUGCGGCGGCCCGGUCUACGUGAGCGACAAGGUGGGCGGCCACGACUUCGGGCUCAUCAAGCAGCUCGUGUACCCGGACGGGACCAUCCCGAAGUGUCAGCACUUUGCCCUGCCCACCAGGGACUGCCUCUUCAGGAACCCCCUCUUCGACAACAAGACCAUCUUGAAGAUUUGGAACUUCAAUAAGGUAGCUACGCUGCUAAGCAAAAUUCGUGCAAUCUUACCAAUCCUAUCAAUAAAAUUUGUGCUUGCUCUGCUGCAGUAUGGUGGUGUGCUCGGGGCAUUCAACUGCCAAGGCGCUGGCUGGGACCCCAAGGAGCGGAGGAUCAAGGGGCACUCCGAGUGCUACAAGCCGAUGUCCGGGUCGGUCCACGUCGCGGACAUCGAAUGGGACCAGACCAAGGGCACGACCCAAAUGGGCACGGCCCGUGAAUUCGCGGUCUAUCUUGGCCAAGCCGAUCAGCUCAUCCUGACCACCCCGAGCUCUGACCCGAUCAGCAUCACCAUCCAGCCAUCUUGCUUCGAGAUCUACAGCUUUGUGCCCGUCAUGCACCUUGGACCCAGUAGCACCAAAUUCGCACCCAUCGGGCUCACCAACAUGUUCAAUUGUGGGGGCACGAUUCAAGAUUUGGAGUACCCUGAUUUCGGGGCUAUCGUCAAGGUCAAGGGCGGGGGCGUGUUCUUGGCGUACUCGAGCAGGGCUCCCGAGAAGUGCAUGGUGAACGGCGCCGAGGCCACGUUCUGGUGGUCAUCGGAGGACGGCAAGCUGACCGUGGAUCUCCCUUGGGUCGAGCAACUGGGUGGCGUCUCGACCGUGGCUUUCCUCUUCUGAAUCAAUCCAAGCACGUCUCGCAAAUAACAAUGUCAUUAGUUAUAUCUAUGUCGAGGGUGGUUUAAUUCAAGUCAAACGUUUUUAAAUUCUAUGUUCUUGCGAGUCUUUUGGAUCAAUGAUGUAAUUCAGAGAGUAUAUGGGUGUAAAUAUCAUCCAUGGAACUCUUCCAUAUCAAUUAAGGUUUACUUUGUAUUUUCCUUCCUAA